UUUCCGAUAAGAAAACGAAAAGACGAACACACAGAAACAGCAGCAGCGUUUGGAGAUAAAUAAAUCACAAAAAUUCAACAAAAAAAAAAAGAAAAACAAAGAAAAGAACAAAAAUUUAUUAUUUACAUUUCUCUAUGAACAACAACAACUUCUCUCGCUAAUAAAACAAACAAAAUGAUUCCAACGCUAAUCUAUCCCUGGCGAUGUUGUUAAUUUGCUUUAGCUUUUUUUUUUUGUUCUACAACACAAAAUUCAAGUAAUCUCAGCUAUAAAAACCACACGAAAUCUCUUUUUUAGAAACUCAAUAUAAAUAAAAUAGGCACAUAAAAACCUAAAAAAAAAAGUUAAUUUUUCGAAAAAUUUACUAACUUUCGCUUCCAAACACAAAAAAACAAUGGCUUCUACAAUGCAACUGGAAUUCGCCCAAGCAAUGUCCGAUUUCAAGACCAUGUUCCCGGAUAUGGAUCGCGAUGUCAUCGAGGCAGUGCUUCGGGCCAAUCAAGGUGCUGUCGAUGCAACCAUCGACCAGCUCCUGGCCAUGAGCACCGAUAACCAGGUAGGAGUGAAUGAAAAACUUCGCAAUGAAAUGGACAAGCCCUUGGCGGCGACGGGUGACACUCCUCUCGUGCGCAGUCCACCAAAAACUGUCGUCGACAGUGUCCAACUGAUUGACACAUCCGAUGGCAGUGAGCAGCCUCUGCUGAACCUGCUACCGCCAUCCCAGACGAUGUUGGCAGCCAAUACUGGAGCAUCGCCAAAACAAAAAAACACAAUUUUACGACAACAACCACCCUCACAAGUUGGCACACCGUCAAAGCGCAAUGGACAGCAGCGAAGAUGGAACCCACCAAUUCUAGGACCCCUUCCAGCUGGCUUCCUGCGAAUUCAAUCGGCCGAUCGUCCGGCCGGCGAAUUCGAUCUUCCCGACGAGCAAUUCGCCAUGAUGCUUCAGAAUGAAGAGUUUAUGAAUGAAUUGCGCUGGAAUCAGGAAUUCAUGACAGCUCUGGAAAAGGAACAACAAGAUAAAGCUCGUGGCGAAGACGAUGCAGCUUUUAAGGAGCGACUUAAACAUAUGGGCAAAAUGUCACGUAAAAAAUUCCUUCAAAUGGCUCGGGUGUUUACGUGGCAGAGAAACAAAAAGGUUACAUCGGCUAAACAAAUCGAUUCACUUCCUUUGAAGGAAGAACCGAGCGAUGAUGAGGAUCAUCAUUUACAGCUCAAAACACAUUAACUAGUUAACCUAUCUGCUGCCAUAGUUUCUGCGAGUUUUUAUCAAGGAUCAUCAAUCGCCGUCAGGACCUUCUGAAAAAUGACCACGCACAUCGAGC